ACCAAGCAACAUGUUGUGCACUCGUAUCAAAAUAAUUAUCUGAAUCAAUUCGUUCGUUUUUAUUUGUCAUUUAAUUUGCUUCUCAACAAUUAAUAAAAUUUCUAAUUUUCCAGAAAUGAAGCUGAUAAUAUUGGCCUUUCUCAUUCAACUCAUCAGUACAGUUCUCGCUGAUGAUUUUAUUGUGAUGAGCCAUGCGGAAUCGUUGAAAUUUGAGGACUCCACAACGGCAAUACCAGUAAAGCAAAUCAAGCAUAUAUUAAAGGCCGUUGUGGGGGAGACUGCAUCAGCUGGCGCAGAAUUUUAUUCACUGAGCAUUAACAACAUUUUCAAAAUACCAAAAUUAGCUCUCGUGGUGACGGUGAAACUCAAUAGCACAGCAGAUUAUUCAGCACUCGGUACUGUUAGCAAAUACGCAGUUGAGGGGCGUACGCCAGGCACAGAUCUACAAAAUAUAUUGAAUUUUCAAAAGUCUGCAACAAAUCUGGAAUUUUAUAAAUCCUCCAAGGACACUGAAUUUGAAUAUUUGAAGAAAAUGCUGAUUGCACACAAAGCACCUGGAGGACCAGACAUAGUUCCCGACCUGAAGCAGCUUUUAACAACAGAUGUUAUUGAGAAGCUAAUAGUCGACAUAAAAGUGUUGCAUUUUAUAGGCCUACACUUUGUGAAUCAAAAAACUGUUUUAGACUUUUCCAAACUGACUGAGGUGUUUACAAAACUCAAGGAUUUGUGGAAGGACAAUUUAUUUGCCAUCCUGACUUAUGGCCCAGACACUGAGUCACCCGAAUCGGCUCAGAAUAUUAGCACUUCAAUAACAAUCGAUCCGAUGGAUCAUGACCAUUACAACAUUCCACCGCGCUAUGAUGAAAACUAUGCCAUAGUAUUCAAUAUAAUACUUUGGUUUAGCGUUGCGUUCACUUUAGCUUUAUAUGCCGUUAUUGUGGCUUUGAUCAACAUGGAUCCCGGAAGAAACUCGAUAAUCUAUCGUUUGACCGCUACGCGUUCGAAGAAGGAUAUAUAAUUGCAACAGGCGUAAGUUGAUGUGGCUCAAAUUUGUUUUGAAAUUUUGAAAAUUAUGUUCAAUAAAUAAAUAUUUAUUUCAAUAUUG